CAACUCCAUUCUCAAUUGACCUCAUCUGGAGAGCAACCAGCCUCUGCAACAGUGACCCUUAGCACCUCUGCCCAAGACCACUAUUUCCCUUUCUUAUGGACCUUCAACGGACUCUCUCAUCCUAGGUAGUACUACAGCCUUGACUACUGAUCCAAAAGUCAACUAACGGCUAUAAUCCUUUUACCUCCCCAAACCAGCAUUACCCCUAUACUUUCUCCAUGCAUGGGUUUGUGCCACUGUGACACCCUCCCAACCUCUCCCUUUGUCUUUCCUCUAUCAGGAGCUGUGCCUCCAUGAAUCCCAAUCCUUUACCUCUACCACCACCAACAUAUGGCAGAAGUUCCACUGCUCAACAUCACCCUGUCAAACCCAACCUUCUUCAUUUUAACUGGCAUUCCAGGACUGGCAGGUACCCAGGUCUGGCUCACCUUGAUCUUUGGGCCCAUGUAUUUGCUGGCCCUACUGGGCAAUGGAGCACUGCUGACAGUGGUACAGACAGACUCUGCACUGCACCAGCCCAUGUUUCUCCUCCUAGCCACACUGGCCGCCACAGACAUGGGCUUAGCCACAUCUAUAGCCCCGGGAUUACUGGCUGUGCUGUGUCUGGGCCCCCGGACCAUACCAUAUGUUGCCUGCCUGGCCCAGAUGUUCUUUGUUCAUGCACUGACUGCCAUGGAAUCCGGGGUACUGCUGGCGAUGGCCUGUGACCGCGCUGUGGCAGUGGGGCGUCCAUUGCACUACUCUGUCCUAGUCACCAAAGCCCGGGUGGGCUAUGCAGCCCUAGCACUGGUACUGAAAGCUGCGGCUAUUGUCAUACCUUUUCCUUUGCUGGUGGCACGAUUUGAGCACUUCCGAAAAAAGACCAUCAACCACGCAUACUGUGAACACAUGGCAGUGGUGGAGCUGGUGGUGGGUAACACACGAGCCAACAACUUGUACGGGCUGGCACUCUCUCUGGCUGUGUCAGGUGUAGAUAUUCUGGGCAUUGCUACCUCCUACGGGCUUAUUGCCCAUGCUGUUCUGAAGCUACCCACCCGGGAGGCCCGUUCCAAGGCCUUUGGUACAUGUAGUUCUCACAUCUGUGUCAUUCUGGCCUUCUAUGUGCCUGGUCUCUUCUCCUACCUCACACACCGCUUUGGUCGACACACUGUUCCAAAGUUCAUACACAUCCUUCUCUCUAACAUCUAUUUGCUGCUGCCACCAGCACUCAACCCUCUCAUUUAUGGCGCUCGAACCAAGCAGAUCAGAGAACGGAUACUAGAAACCUUCAUCUUCAGAAAAAAAAAGUUCUAG